AUAAAUACACUGCUGAACAGAAAAAGUGAAUGUUUCAUUUUCUUUCCAGCAGUAUAUAUUUUAUAGCUUUGUAUUAUUAAAUUUAAUAAGUGAUAAAGUAGUUUUUUAAAAGUUUUUAGGAUUCAGAAUAGAAAGGUUGUGGUCGAAGUUUUCAUCUCUAAAAUGUGAACAUCAAAAUGUCGAGCACUGCCAUCUUGUAAGCCUAGAAGUUUGACAAUGAUGCUUGGAACGUCAAGCAUGAUUCCAAUGACGUUCCAAAUGCCAUUGUCAAAUUUCUAGGCUUACAAGAUGGUGGUGCUCAACAUUUGACAUUCACAUUUUUAGAGAUGAAAACUUCGGAUGCAACCUCUCUAAUGUUACAAAUUGUUUCUUGGAUGUAUCUUGGAUGGGUGAUUCAUACCAUUCAGUUGGGAUACCAGAAAUUUUAAAAAGUUCAAGAACUCUUUUUGUUAACACACAAAGCUUCAAUUUCGUGAUCUUGUCAAAGAUUUGUCAGCAAUCCAUUUUCUUCACUAAGUAAAUAGAUUGGUCCUACUAUUGUGCAUUUACACUCUGGCCAAGUUUAUGAAAUGAGCUAUAAUUUAUUCUCUUGUUAUGGAAUUGUACAAGUUCCAACUGGUCCCUGGUUCUGCAGAAAAUGCGAAUCGCAAGAACGUGCUGCGAGAGUGAGAUGUGAAUUGUGUCCAUCGAAAGAUGGAGCUCUGAAGCACACAGAUAAUUCAGGUUGGGCCCAUGUUGUAUGUGCUCUUUACAUACCAGAAGUUCGAUUUGGAAAUGUCACAACAAUGGAACCAAUCAUUUUGCAGCUAGUACCUCAAGAUAGGUAUAAUAAGAGCUGCUACAUUUGUGAAGAGCAAGGAAUGGAGAGUAAAGCUACAAUUGGUGCCUGCAUGCAAUGCAAUAAAUCAGGUUGUAAACAGUAUUUUCAUGUCACAUGUGCUCAAGCUGCCGGACUCCUUUGCGAAGAAGCAGGAAAUUAUCUUGAUAAUGUCAAAUAUUGUGGAUAUUGCCAUUAUCAUUAUCAAAAGUUGAAAAAAGACAGCAACAUUAAAACAAUUCCCGCUUUCAAGCCCAUUCCUGCUGAUAAUGCCACACCAGAACCGAGUCCUGAAAAACACUCUCCGCCACGUCCCGAAGCAAAAGACAAAGGUCGUGGAAGAGGCGAAAGAAAAUCAAAAUCUCACAUGAUGUCACCAACUGUCAUGCCGUCUGCUGCUGCUGCUCCGCCGCCACCUCCUCCUCCUCCCCCUUCCGAAGUUUCAUGUAACAAUGAGAAUGCAGAGGGAUCUUCUGCUAUAGGUGAAGUGAUAUCUAUAUCACAAAGUGAUAAUAGCAAUGCCAGUAGCUGUAAUCUAGAAGUAAAUGGUCAAUUAAGUAAUGAUACCACAAUUAAAUCAGACACUACAGCUGCUGUUAGUAGCACUAGUAGCAUUGGUAGUAAAUUUACUACAGCAAAUUUUACAGAAACUGUUAUUACUCAUAAUGGUAGUCCUGUGUUUGGAUCUGAUAAGCACAAGAAGAAGAAGUCCAUUUCUUCAAAUGUUGAUAAUCAAGGAAAAGCAUCACAGUCUCCAGCCACUCAAGUAUCUUCAUCUUCGUCGACUCCUUCGACAACCACCACCACGUCCAGUCCGACACCGACUUUCAGUAGUAUGUAUGAAAAUUUCAUAACAACUGAGUUAGGAUCUGGAAACAGAAAUAAUCAUGAAAAUCAACAGUCAAAUAAACGUUCUCACAAUGGUUCAAUAGAGAAAGGAGAAAGAAAGAAACAUAAGAAAAAUAAUGCAAGAUCAAAGACAAAGAAUGCAAAAAAUAUAACAAUAAGUAGUGGCGAUGCAUCUCCUGGUAGUCCGGCUUCUUUGAUAUCUGUAUCGUCUAAUACCAAAAUCAAGAAGCGUCGUCAUGAGAAACAACCUUCUCCAGCAUCCACUGUCUCUUUGACUGAUAUAAAUACCCCGUGCACAAGUUCAGUUACAGAUAUUGAUCAUACAUAUUAUCGGGUACCUGUAAAUCAAAUAAAUUUGACUAGUUUACAAAAUGGAAACAAUUCACCUCAGAAUAAUGAACCAAGUGGAAAAACAAAUGGCCCACCCAUUUUAAAUGUUUCUUCUGAACAAGGAUUUACAGAAGUUCAAGAAACUGCACCUACAACUACUUCGGUCAUUGUCUUGCCAACAAGACCGACUACAAAUACAACUACCAGCAAAAUAUCCAUUCGACAGUCUCCUGAACAUCUUGCACCUCCACCAAUGCCUCAAACAUUGGAUCAGUUAUUAGAACGUCAGUGGGAACAAGGAUCUAACUUUCUGAUGGAACAAGCACAGAAUUUUGACAUUGCGUCAUUGCUUUCUUGCCUUCAUCAAUUGCGGGCAGAAAAUCAACGACUAGAAGAACAUGUAAACAAUUUAAUUGCACGCCGUGAUCAUUUGCUUGCAGUGAAUGCUCGAUUAGCUCUUCCUUUGAAUAAUAAUGCUUAUCAUCCUGUAAAUAUUGGAAUAAAUAAUGCAGUUAAUCCUUCUACUGAAGAUAAUCAUUCCCAUCGUAUGAAUAACUGUAUUUCUCUUGAAAGUAAUGUUGUUCAUAGCACUCAGAAAAGCCCUGCACCAGGACAUAGUCCAGUUGCUACAAUUGGGUCUAGCAGUCUACCUCUCACACCAAGUCCAGCACCAAGUCAAGCCUCAAUACAUUCAUCUAAUGCCAGUCCUGGUCAUCAGACAGUCCCAUUUACUACAUCAUCUCUCAAUACAUCAAGACAUCCUCAGUCUAUCAUCCCAAGUUCUAGUCCUGUUGGUCAGCCACCCGUUGCCAUUACUCAGUCUCAACCACCUCAAGGAUAUGUUACAUCUACAUUAGAUUUACCAUCAUCUCUCAUGAUCAGUCCAACGUCAUAUAAUAACCGAAGUAAUCAGGAGCAUAGUUUACAGAAUCAAGGUUUAGUUUAUCAGUCAAUAUCUCCGCCAUAUAGUACAGUUACAUUACCGACUACGGGAAGUGGAACAAAUACCACUACAUCAACACCUCUCCAUUCAUUGUGUUCUAAUGUGGUACUUCCAGUAAGCGUGGUCACUAAUCAUCAAUCUUAUCAAGCACAGAACCAGAAUAGUAUCACUGAAGAGGAAAGAUGACCAUUAUGAAUGAGAUAAGAGUAGUAGGUUCACCAUACUAACUGCCACUUUCAUUAUCAUUUUAUAUACCAUAUUGACUUGUAAUUUAAGCACUCAGAUCUUUUACUCCACAUUUUAUCAGAAUCAUGUCAGACACUCUGUCCUUUCCUGUCAUUUAUAACUAAUUAAUUUUAGUUAUGACUGAUUCACGUCAAAAUCACUAAGAUGAAAUUUUUUAUAUUUCUUACUACUAAACAAUUUUGCCUACAGUAUUUGAAAACUUUUGGCAAAAAUCUGUUGCAGUCUUGUGCAAGUUAGUGUUAAGAUACAAAAUAUAUAAACAAGAGUAAUUUUCAAAGUAGUGAGACUGAUCUAAUAUAACCAAAGCUAAAUUGCCAAAUUAUUUUCAGAUUAUAUUAAGGUUAAUGUAAUCAAAUUAAAUGCCCAGAAGCAAAGAUCAAGCAGAGGUUUAAUAGCAUAAUUUGUAACAUCCCAUUCAGAAUGCAGGAGAUGCAAGUCCAAUUUAGGUUGAUCUGUUCUUCAAAAAUUUUAAAAAUUAUUUAAUUAAAUUUCAAAAUUAAUUUUUAAAUUUAAUCUCUACAAAUUGGUAGUAUAACUAACUGUCUUUAACCAUAUUUCAUUAAUACAGACAAAAACUAAUCAGGCAAUAGCCUGGUGCUCUGUAAGGAAAAGAAUUUAAAAACAUUUCAAUUGCUAUUUAUGCUCUGCUAUAAAAUGCACUUUUUUCUGUGUUUAGUACAGUUGAACUUUUCUAUCUCAAAUCUCACAGAAUGAGAAAAAAAAUUGAGAUAAACGGGUUUUGAGAUAUAGAGGUUCUUACACAGAAAAAUAGUUUAAUAGGUUUGACUGGAGGAGAGUAUUUUAUUAAUGCAAUUGCAAGUACAGUACAUACUUAUAUAAGGUUUAAAUAAAAAGUUUUUGACAUACCUGAACAUAAAUAGUUUGUUAAUAGUUUUGGAUGUUUGACUUUCUUCAACCAAUAAGAUGAAAGUCAAACUCAUAGCCAACCAGAGAAAAGCAGCAUUAAUUGCAACUAUGUACUGUAUUGCAAGAGAUGUUUCUCAACUGCAAUUUAUGCUAUCAAUAUAUAUUCACUGAGUUUUGAAGUUGUAAUUGAUACUUUGGUCUAUAACAGACAUGGGCAAAUGCGGCUCUUUUUGAGUUACAUGCGGCUCUUGCUGAAAGUGUUAAUUUCUGCUUUUUAUUAUUAUUUUUACUAUUUUAUUUCCACAAUUUUGUUAAAAUAUGUUUAUUAAAAAAAUUCGAUAUUUGUUUUAUAUUAUAUUUAUAUUAUAUAAUAAAAUCGCAGUACAGAAUUAAAAAAAUAUAUAGAAUUGCGGCUCCUAUGCAUUUUGCAAACCUACAUUUCAGCUUCCAAUGAACUCUUGCUUGCCCACCCCUGGUCUAUAAUUUGAGAUGUAGAAAAUAUAUUGAAUUUAUGCUGAUAAUUCAGGUGGAAAAAUAAGUUUUGAGAUAAACAUGUUUGAGGUAGACAGGUUCAACUGUAUUUUCUUUUUGAUUUCAUUACUUUUUCUGACCUAAAUUACAGUUAGACAAUACUUUGCCUUGGGUUAGGGCCAUUCAUUACUUGCAUGUACAGUUUUUGAAUCACUUUUGAUCCCCCUCUUUAAUUACAAUAGUACAUGUACAAUAGUUCAUGGGUUCCAACAUUAAAGAAAUAAUUGAAAAGUUAUGCAGAUAUUUUAUGACAGUUUCUUCUCUUCAUAUGACUAAUAAGUAGACAGCCUAGAUCCCAUCCCUCCCUCAAACUGUAGAUGUAAUUAAUGAAUGGCUCCUUAAAUAUAAAAUCUGGUGAAUUAUACUAACAACCAAUCUAUUUUCUAUUCCAAUUUUCCAGCCAUAUGUUUUUUAAGGAUAAUGAGAUUUUUUUGUAUGAAAAGUAAUCUAGAUGCAUAAACGCUAUUCUUUUUUAUUUAUAGUAUACAUUACUUUAUACUUUUUUAUUACUUCAUUAAUAAUUGUUGAAUGAUAAUUCAACAAUUAUUUUCAUGCUCAAAGCCAAAAUAAUAAUAGAUUUCAUUCUCAUUAGCUUCUAGAAUUAUGGUAAAUAUCUGGUUUUUUCACAUCCAAAAUUUAACUAAACUCCCCUUUAAAUUCAUGUUACGUUUAUGAAUUAAGCAACAACCUAGUAGAACAUAGCCAUGUUUAACAUGAUGUAAUCAGUCUUGUUACUUAACUACGAAUGUAAGAAACGUGCUUAGAUUUUGAUCAAAAUGAUUGGUAGCACGAUUGGCUUUCGGCCCAAUUAUGCAGUUGAUUUAAACUUUUAAAGACUGCGUAACGUAAUGUAACACGUAAUUCGUUACGCAUUAAAAGUGAUAAAAAUUACAAGAAUCAGUAUGGUAGGUAACUGUUAUUAUGUGAAUUAUUUUCUCUUAUUUGGUACUGGUCGACAGAACAUUUUUAUCGAUUAGUUUAUAUUUUAAUGUAUAAAAAAAACUUGCAAACUAAUCAACAUUUAGUAUCAAACAAGAGAAUUUAAUGACUUCAAAUGACAUUUGUGAUAUUCAUAUGUUGUUAUAACAUUUAUAUAAAUAUAUAUAAAUAUAAAACACACACACACACAAUAUGUAUAGAAUUAAUUUGUACGAUGUAAAAUUCAAUUUUACAUUAGCUGUUUGUUUAUAUUUUUGAUCGUAUGGUUACAAUUAUUACGAAUUAUAUAAAUUGUAUAAAUUCCGUUUCCUCAAUGUUUGAGCACUCCCACUUAUAACAAUUCGUACAGCCAAAUAAGUAAAUAUUUAUUUAAUUACUUUUUAUAUGUAUUAUGUAAAGGGUUUCUCAGUACAAAACACUUUGUUCUCAAAUGGUUUUUAAAUUAUAUUUUACAGAACUACAAAAAAGUAUGUAAAUAAAACGCCAGAUUGGUUCGUCUUUUAACUUAA